UUGUUCGUCUUUUUUCCCUAUUGCUACUUGUUUUUUACGUCUUAAUUUGAAUUUUUCAUCAUGGUCAGGACAAAGGCAGACAACUCAUGUAGGAAAGCUGUUGCGGCCAAGGCACCAAGGAAAGCUCUGGCACCCACACGGGCAGGGACUGUAAUGUCUCCCUCAGCAGGAGGAAAGAAGGAUAAGUACGGAGGCGGGAAUCCAGUAAACCCACAACCGACUCCAGAAUGGCAGAAGUCUAUCAAUACAUUCUUCACAAUGACGUCGCCAUCGUCCUCGUCAUCAGGAAAGGAGAACAAAGACCCCGAAGAUGCUCCAUGCAGUAGCAAAGAUGUAGACAGGACGGAAGAGGAAGCUGGAGGAAGUUCAUCCUCUCAAGAACAAACCCCAGAGAAGAUGGAACAGGAGGAGGAAGGGGAUGAAGAAAGCGAAGAAGAGGAGGAGGAGAAACCAGCACCAUCGAGGAGUUUCAAGAAGAACAGAUGCAUUAGCGACAGCGAGGAUGACGACGAGUAGAGAUCCGCUUGGACGGACAAAAUGACUAUACUUGAGUCCGAAGACUGUAUAAAGUGCCUUAUACUUGUACUAUGGAGAGAAGUUCAGUCUGACUUAGUGAGACAAUGUAUUGUCACUCUGCAUGGCUUCUGCAGGCAAGCGGACAAUCUCUUUUCCGAAGACCUGAUACAUUAUACCUCAGCAACCCAGUCCAUUCACAGCAAUCGAUCUGGUUUAUGAGAUCAUCGAGAGUCAUUUGCGGCAAGCGGACAAUCACUGUUUUGGGGAUCUGAUACAUACCGCAGAGAUAGCCAAACAAUCCAUCUGCCAAGCCAGAUGAACAAGACAAUCUAAGCUCAUGCUGCAAGCCUGCAAGUGCCUCUGAUGACCUUGAUACAUACCUCCGUGAUGAUAAAUUCAUAAUAACUUCAUCUGGCUAGCCAGCUAGGAUAGCUAGCAAUGGUCAAGGAUAUGUGUUAAAAGAAAAGAUUUGCCAGAUGAGCAUGGGGUACACACAUGUCAUUGUUGAUUGCAGGAUUAAAAUACAAUUAGGAAUGUAUUUUUACUGACAAAAAGAUUUUUUUCUUAAACCUGUACCCAUUCUUGGCGAAUUUCCCUUUUCCCCUAUGCUAACUGCAAGUCCGGAUUAAUGAGAAAGUUAAAUGAUUUGCACCGUCAUGUCAACCAUGAUAUCUUUGUAGGUGGAAAAAUAAGAAGUUUGAUUUCACUGGUCUUGUGGGGUUUUCUUGCAUUAUUUUUAGGCUCAGCUGUGGUAGCCACUUCAAGUUUAAUUAAUUGUGCAUAAUGUUAGCAUGCAUUUGGAGUGACAUGUUACUUUGUGCACUAUUUUGCUACACAAAAAAUAUGUCUCACACUAGACUAGGAAUAUUUGUGAACGAUUCUUUUAAAGUCGGGUUUAACAUUUAGAUGUUGAUUUGAAUAUUUAUUGAGAUGUAAAUUGUGUUAAUUGGUAAAUCAAAAUAAAUUUAAAAAGUUUCCUAUUCUGAAUAUUCAAUAGAAAAGCGACCAAUCCCUAUGAGGGGGAAGGGGUUAUUUGAAAUAUGAUGCAUUAAGAAAAUAAGUCAUUUGAAAGUUAUAUUUCUAAACUUUUGGAAGCUUGAUAUAAUUAUAAUAUUGUCAGUAAAGGAUUAUAUUGAAUAAUUUCACCAUAUCAUUCUUUAAAAGUUUAUUCAAGUAAAAUAGUAUUGAAUAUUCAUCAACACAAGAUCCCCCCCCCCC